AUGAGAACUUUGCUUAGGGUACUGAGAUUGAAGUCUCAGUCGAGUCAAGCUUUAAAAUUGCUGUCAAAGAAUUCUGCUGCUUUCCAUCUGAUAUUCAAUCGACCCCUUCGGGACCACGGGGAAAGAAGCUCGUGGAUAACCUGGAAGUCUUUUUCCUUAUUGGGAGCAGCUGCAAUCGCCUAUGUAACGCGUGAACAACUUUUUGGUUCAGUUUCUGCAGCGAAUCCAAUCAGUGAAGACGACGCAUUAACCCUAAGUGGAAAGGACACACCCAGAAAGAAGCACUUCAACUUCAUUGCGGAUGUUGUGGAGAAAACUGCUCCCGCGGUUGUGUACAUUGAGAUCCAAGAUAGUAAAAGAGUAGAUUUCUUCACCGGCCAGCCGAUGACCGCUUCAAACGGAUCUGGCUUCAUAAUCAAUUCCGAUGGACUUAUUUUGACAAACGCCCACGUGGUGAUCAACAAACCGAGCAAUUCCGUUAAGGUGAAGCUUUUUGAUGGUCGCGAGACGAUUGGGCAAGUCGAAGAUGUGGACAUGCACUCUGAUCUGGCCCUAGUCAAGAUUCCUUUCAAGAAUUUGCCGACGUUGCGUCUUGGAAGUUCUAAUCAAGUACGUCCUGGCGAAUGGGUCGUAGCAAUGGGUUCCCCCUUAACGUUGAGCAACACCAUCACAGCAGGAGUCGUGUCCUCUGUGAACCGAGGCAGCAAAGAACUUGGUCUGAUUAACAAAGACAUGGAAUAUAUUCAAACAGACGCGGCGAUCACAUUUGGGAACAGUGGUGGCCCAUUGAUUAAUCUGGAUGGUGAAGCAAUCGGCAUCAAUGCCAUGAAGGUCACUGCUGGGAUCUCGUUCGCCAUUCCUGCCGAUUACGCCAUGGAAUUUAUUAAAGCUAGUGAAGCGCGGAAGAAAGGACGUCCUAAAUUGCCGUCGUUUGGAGGAGGUGGAAGGCGCUACAUGGGAAUUACGAUGUUGACUUUGAAUCCAGGGCUAAUUUCGGAAAUGCAGCAGAAGGGAGGUCCUGAGAUCUGUCCGAAUAUUAACCACGGUGUCUUGGUCUGGCGGGUAGUGGUUGGAUCCCCUGCGCAUUCCGGGGGAUUAUUGCCUGGCGACAUAGUGACGCACAUAAAUGGAAAACCGAUCCGGUCUGCCGUGGAUGUUUACGAAAUGCUGGAGAAGUCGUCGAAGCUGACGAUGACUUUAUGUCGGAAAGCUGCCAUCAUGACUCUUACUAUUUUUCCCGAAGAGUGAAGUUAAUGCUGUGAAAAACUUUCGCGUGAUUCAAGUAGAGGAAAUAGAGCGAAACUCCAUUUUA